GGAAGUGGCCUGCGAGCUUUGCGACGCAGAGGAGACCUGCAGCGGUGCUGCACCGCCGGUGAGACCGAUCUUUGUGAGAGGACUUUUGUCUGGACAUGGGUUGUUCUGAAACAUGAUCCGAUGAUAUUCCCGCCUGUUGCUAUUCCGGUUCCAUCGCGACGAGCCUUUUAAAUCCCCCUUAACGCCAUAAAAACAGAGGAGAGCCGGCUGGAGCCAUGGGUUCACUCCAGUCCUCUCCAAGCCAUCCGGACUAUGUGGAUUUGGCGGAGAAAACAGGCUUUUCGUUAGAACAGAUUUCCAUCUUGCAUAAAAGGUUCAAGCAGCUGAGCCACAAUGAAGAUAAACUGAGGAGAGAACACCUCGAUCAAAUCACAGAUCUACAAGCCAAUCCCAUCCGGGAACAGAUCGUUGAAGCUUUCUUUGACAAAAGAAACUUCUACCAGGAUAUUGAGGAACCGGUCAACGAGAUUAACUUUGAAAACUUCCUGGAGGUCAUGUCUAACUUCCGGCCGCCGUCAGAUAACUUGUCAGAGGAACAGCUCGUAAAAGUCAGGAAGGAGAAGCUGAGAUUUUUGUUCAACAUGCACGACACGGACAAAGACGGAACCAUCACCCUUGAAGAAUACAGACACGUUGUGGAGGAGCUGCUGUCUUACUAUGAGGCGUUGGAGAAUGAGACGGCCAGAGGAAUUGCUGAUGCGGCCAUGUUGGAGGUGGCCAGUAUCACAAGAGGUCACAUGGAACCUGAUGAAUUCUACGAGGGAAUCACGUUUGAGCACUUUCUGAAACUGCUGGAGGGCUUUGAAAUCGAGUCAAGAAUGAGCAUUCGCUUCAUGAACAUGGACACCACAACCCUGUGUAAGUUGGAAUGUCGCAGUGAAUAAACCAAAUAUUUCCGGCUAAAAACCUG